AUGCUUCAACAUCCAUUUCAAGCGCUGUGCUGUGUGCAGCCAGUUGGUGGCCAACAGCCUUUCCUGUUGGCGGCUUCAGGCCCUAUUAUAAACACAUUUAACCUGAAAGAUGGUUCUCUUCUUAGCCAAUGGCCACGGACAGAUAAUGACGACUCAGAGCAGCAUGCGACCAGCCGAGUUGACGGUGGUGAAGCCCGACCGAGCAAACGGCCAAAAAUCGAAGGAGAAGACCAGCCAGAAUCUUCUCAUCAACACUCAGAUGACUCCAUUGAGAUUAUAUCCGAGAGAAAGAAGGGCGAGCGACGAAAGCCCAAGGUAGAAAGCUCCAAGCUUCCCAAUGUCUCUCAUAUCAUCACCACCAGUGACGGCGCAACAGUCAUCGUGUUGACAGCCGAGGACAAAUCGAUCGGCGUGUUCAAAGUUCGUUCCUGGGGCCGCUUAGAUCUACUAAGUCGAAGGUCAAUGCCCAAACGAAUGUGUGCGGUUGUUCUGACUCCAGACGAAAAGAAUAUCCUUGUCGGAGAUAAAUUCGGAGACGUCUACCUUCUUCCACUGCAUCCAAGAGAAGAGUGGGUACUCCGGAAGUCCGAACAGGAUCAAGUCCAAGAAAUGUAUGUUCCUUCUGCAACGGAAUUGACGGUACACACGAAAGGAAAUCUGGAAGCUCUGAGACAACAGCGUGAGCGAAAAGUGACCCGGCCGAAGAAGGACGGGCCAAAUUUCGAAUUCAAACUUCUUUUGGGCCAUGUGUCGCUUUUGACCGAUGUUGCUAUCGCCGAGGUCCAAGCUGGGCUAAAACGCAGGCAAUACAUCUUGACUGCAGAUCGAGAUGAGCAUAUUCGCGUUUCCCGGGGUGUCUCACAAGCUCACAUCAUUGAGCAUUACUGUCUAGGACAUCGAGAGUUUGUGAGCAAGCUGUGUGUGGUACCUUGGAACCCAGAAAUACUCGUCGCAGGGAGUGGUGAGCCGUCUUUGAGAGUCUACUAUUGGCAAAAGGGGACAUUGCUCGACGAGGAACUCUUUCAAGGAGCUGUACAAAAUGACAUCACUAAAUUCUUGAAUCCGAGCGAUGGUGAACGAUCUUUCGAUCGACUGGCAGUCUCCGGUAUAUGGCCCAUACAUUGCAGUGUCUCCGGAAAUGCACCACAAUCUCGCCCACCACCACAUUUUCUCCUGGUUGCUCUUGAAGGUCUACCGAUGAUCUUAAGUUACACACUCACAGAACAAGGACAGCUCCGACACCAUCAGACACUGACACUAGGAGGUAACGCAUUGGACAUUAGUACUGGUCCUGCCCUCUGGAAUAUUGUGGUUAGCGUUGAUAUGGUACACAAGCCUGGUUCAAUGAGGGAGAUUCGACCUCACGAGACACCAGCAGCGGAAGCAUUUGACACUUUUGAACUGCUUUCCAGCCCGCCCAGAAAUGAUGUCAAUGGCUCUAGUCACCACGAAGGAUGUGACCAAGCCUUGUUGCGCUGGGAGAAAUCAAGUCUUGCAAUGCUCUUGAACAAUGCAGCCUUGAACUGCGAGAGGGGUGAGAUGCCAUCAGCGGCAGCGGCAGCAGCAGCUCCAUCGAAAGGCCAAAAAGUCGAUAGACCACCUAUCUGGGUGAUGCGACAAGCCGGCCGUUAUCUCCCUGAAUACCACCAAGCGAAAGGCGACCGCGACUUUUUCGAAUGCUGUCGUUCCCCAGAGAUCGCCUCCGCCUUGACUCUCCAGCCUAUUGAUCGAUACGAUGGCCUCAUAGACGCUGCAAUUAUCUUCUCCGAUAUUCUCGUCAUUCCACAGGCUAUGGGCAUGGAAGUCAAGAUGGUGGAUGGCGUCGGACCCAAAUUCCCUAAACCGCUCCGCUCGCCUGCGGACAAACAAUACCAGGAACUUGUCAAGCAGAAAGUCGAUGUGGAGAAAGAGCUCGAGUAUGUCUACAAGGCAAUAACGAUGACACGAACUAAGCUCGCGGGACGAGUACCUUUAUUCGGAUUCUGCGGCGCACCGUGGACACUGUUAUGCUACAUGGUUGAAGGGGGGGGGACAAAACUUUUCAAAGAAGCCAAAACGUGGAUCUACAAAUAUGGCAAGGAGAGCAAGGUUCUCUUGCGGAAGAUGUCCGAGAUUUGCGUCGAGUAUCUCGCGCUGCAAGUCGCGGCCGGAGCACAGAUCUUACAGGUUUUCGAUUCCUGGGCUGGGGAAUUGUCGCCUUCUUCGUUCAAAGAAUUCGCACUGCCAUCACUGCGGUAUAUUGCGGAGAACUUACCGAAGAAGCUACGCGAGAUGGGCGAGGAUGUGGUGCCCAUGGUCGUUUUUGCAAAGGGAGCAUGGUACGCUCUCGACGAACUAUGCAAUUCUGGCUUCGAUGUCGUUAGUCUCGAUUGGCUACACGACCCCAAGGAGGCCGUGAGAAUAGCCAGAGGCCGAGUCACCUUGCAAGGCAAUGCUGAUCCCGGUGUCCUCUACGGUAGUCACGAAUCGAUCACUUCCGUUGUCCAGAACAUGGUUGAAGGAUUCGGAGGCGGCAAGCAACGAUGGAUUGUCAACCUUGGACACGGCGUGACUCCGGGUGUCAAUCCAGAUGACCUGAAAUUCUUCUUUGAGGAAAUCCACAGAUUUACGGCGUGA